CAAUCAAACGCUUCUGUCUGUUUGUUUGUGUCGUUUGUUGUCAAAUUUCAAAUAUUCCGCGUUUUUAUUGGUCAAUGCUCUCAAUGCGUCAUGGGAUUAUUUUACACGCGGCCGCCAUCUUGGAUCUCGAAUGUAGCGGUAGUCGUAUACAGGUUUUCUACGUCUCAGCUUUUGCUUGCAAUGUAUCGACAAGAAUACAAUCAAAACUACGGCCAGUACGAAUCGUAUAGCCAGUAUCAUGGACAAUACGCGGGCUACAACACCGAUUCCGCUGCACCUAGUUCGUAUGGUUCUCAACCUCGCAUUGUUUUGGACGACUACAACAGUGAUCUGAAUUUUGUUAUUGAGCCUGACGGUAUAACAGGAUCGAGUUUGCACAAGGAUGGGUUUGAAUAUAUGUGGGCUGGAGCGAGGGCAACUCACGGUAUUCGAACUGGCAAGGUCUGCUUUGAAGUUCGUAUACUGGAAAAACUGCCAGUAACAAUGCCAGAAACAGAAACUAAUCCUCAUGUUGUGAGGGUAGGCUGGUCUGUGGACAGAGCAAACCUUCAGGUAGGGGAAGACACCUUGUCAUAUGGUUAUGGUGGUACAGGGAAAGUUUCUGUGAACAACAAGUUUUUUGAUUAUGGCGAACCUUAUUCUACUGGCGACAUUAUUUGUUGCUGUAUAGACCUGGACGCUAAUCCAAGGGUUGUUCUUUUUACCAAAAAUGGAAGGUACCUGGGCGUGGCUUUUCGUCUUGGUGCAGAAUCAAAUGGACAGACUUUCUUUCCUCAUGUUACUGUCAAGAACAUGAGCCUUGCAAUCAACUUUGGCCAGCAUGAGCCCUACUCACCACCUCUCCAGGGUUUUAGCUUGAUUUCGAGGGUGCCACCUCAGAAUUUAGAACGAGGGUCAGUUGGGCCAGCCUCCAGACAGGAAUGUGAGAUUAUCAUGAUGGUGGGGCUACCAGGAGCUGGUAAGACCGUUUGGGCGACGAAAUACGCCAACGAUCAUCCAGAGAAGAAAACUCCAAUAGUCUGCUUUGAAGUUCGUGUACUGGAAAAACUUCCAGUAACAAUGCCAGAAACAGAAACUAAUCCUCAUGUUGUGAGGGUAGGUUGGUCUGUGGACAGAGCAAACCUUCAGGUAGGAGAAGACACCUUGUCAUAUGGUUAUGGUGGUACAGGGAAAGUUUCUGUAAACAAUAAGUUUUUUGAUUAUGGCGAACCUUAUUCUACUGGCGACAUUAUUUGUUGCUGUAUAGACCUGGACUCUGAUCCAAGGGUUGUUCUUUUUACCAAAAAUGGAAGGUGCCUGGGUGUGGCUUUUCGUCUUAGUGCAGAAUCAAAUGGACAGACUUUCUUUCCUCAUGUUACUGUCAGGAACAUGAGCCUUGCAAUCAACUUUGGCCAGCGUGAGCCCUACUCACCACCUCUCCAGGGUUUUAGCUUGAUUUCGAGGGUGUCACCUCAGAAUUUAGAACGAGGGUCAGUUGGGCCAGCCUCCAGACAUGAAUGUGAUAUUAUCAUGAUGGUGGGGCUACCAGGAGCUGGUAAGACCGUUUGGGCGAUGAAAUACGCCAACGACCAUCCAGAGAAGAAGUACUGCAUUCUUGGGACCAAUAUGAUCAUGGACAAGAUGAAAGUGAUGGGUUUGAUGCGGAAACGAAACUACCAAGGCCGCUGGGACGCCCUCAUCAAGCAAGCAACUGAUACCUUGAACAAGAUGUUCAAAAUUGCAGAGAGGAAGAAUCGUAACUAUAUCCUUGACCAGACCAAUGUGUACUUCAGUGCACGAAGGAGAAAGAUGAGCAACUUCCAUGGUUACCAACGGAUUGCUGUAGUGGUUGUGACCACGGAUGAGGUGUUGAAAGAGCGCACUGCAAAGAGGGAAAAAGAAGAGGGGAAGAUUGUGCCAGAGUCUGCAGUGCUUGAGAUGAAAGCGAAUUUUGUUUUGCCGGAAGUCGGCGAGAUUUUUGAUGAUGUGUGGUUCAUUGAAGAAGACAAAGCCACUUCUGAGCGCCUUGUGGCCGAGUUUCAACGGGCAGGAAAAGAGUAUAAGGAAAACGAGAAGAAACGAAAACCGUCUGAGGAAUCAGGAUCAAGUGGGAGCCAUUCUUUCGUCGAUAAGAGACCCCGAAUUGACCAUCCAGGAGGCCCUUCCAUGUCUUUGCAGGGUGGCCCUCGAGGUCAGCAUCCCGGCCACAGUGACCAUCAUGGCGGAUUCCAAGGGAACUAUCCUGCAAGAGGGACUCGUGGCGCAUCAAAUAAUGUACCCUUUCGAGGACCUCCGCUGGGAGCCCACGGGGCCCCAGUUAGGUCAUUUAAUGAUUAUGGACAAUCUCAGGGACAGAGACAACAAGGUGAGCCCUAUGGGACAUACGAUACAGGGCCACAGAGAGGGCACAAUGAUUAUGGACCUUCUCAAGGAUACGGAAGACCAGACAAGGCAUAUGGGACUUAUGAUUCAGGGCCUCCAAUGAGGUACAAUGAUCUUCGACCUCAUCAGGGACAUGAAAGAGGAAGCGAGCCAUAUGGGGCGUAUGGUUCAGGGCCUCCAAAGAGGUACGAUGACUAUGGACCUUCUUACAGACACCAAGAGAGCCACGGCCGCAAUAACGGGCAUUCCUUUGACUCUUCCCAUCACCAACCACCAGGUAGCGGGGAAGGUAGAUACAGUCAAGCUGCGCCCGCCUAUGGUCAGCAGUAUGGGCAAUCCUACGACAGCCAAAGUACCUCACGCUCGUACCCACGAGAACACGAUUAUUACCCAGGGGGAGUACAGAGGGAGCAAGCACCACAGGGUGGGAGAAGUGAGCAGUAUAGGUAUUAGACGUGAUAUUAUUUGUAAUCACCGUGCAAAGAGGGCUUUUCGUCGUGGAAAGAGGCCGUACCAGGAGAUUCUAUUAACUUUGAAUGACUCACCCAACGACCACAAAAAUAUUCAUAAUUUUUACGACGUUACUUAGUUGCUAAAGGAGUAGACAUAUACUUUCUUAAUUGACGAGGGAUCGUUUCUUAGUGUAAGAAGAUUUUACCAGUAGAUGGCUCAAUGUUGCCAAUCACGUUUGGUUAAUAUGAGAUCUAUGCUCUAAUUGUUGCACAUGUACCGCUAGAUCUGUGAUACCUUUUAAAUUAUUCCUCGGUAGUUAAUUAUUUGUUAUUGUUAGAAAUCGUUUUUUAACCAGCUUACUUUUAUUGUCAUUGUUCUACUUUUAACGUUAAAUUAGUGUUAGUACAUGCAUCGUGAAUGCUGUAAACUGCCGCUUACAAGCCCUGGGCUUAUACAACUUCGUAAAGGCUUUUAGAUUGGCUUAUAAACGGAGGGGCUUAUAUCCAAGGGGGCUGAUAACCGGAAUAAAAAAAAAAAAAACAGUUUCGAAACGAGUCUCCUUCGAUCGAAGGAGACUCUGCUCGCAGGGUACUGGUAAUUAAAAUGAAUUCAAAACAAGGAAAGCUAGAGGGGGGCUUAUAUCCGGGGGAGGGGCUUAUAGCCGGAUGUAAAUUUUGGUUUACAGGUAGACGGGCCUGUGAGGGGAGGGGGAAGCUUACAAGAGGAGGGCUUACAAGCGGCAUUUUGCGGUAUACUCUAAUUUUCUGUAGUGUCGACAAUAAGCUGCACAAGCUAAAAAUUUUGUUUCUUCAUUCAUCCAUACCUUACCUCUAUUUAGGCGCGGUUUUGUUAUCCCAUGGUACUUUGCUCUCGUCCUAGUUCCAGUCCCACCCUGCGAAACUUGACCAGAAAACCGUACAAGUGCUUAUUCGUGACGGACCUCGUCCGGUUUCUCAUUCAGUUAAAGCCAAAACCCAUUGCAGGCUCAGACGGGUUAGGGUUAGGGGUAGCGUGUCCCGCGAAUAACCAGUCCCGUCCCGUUAUUACGCUGGGACAGGAAACCCGUCUCGAACGGGUCUACCGCCUCUAGUGUGAACCCACCCAUUGUAAGUUAGAACAGUUGUUUCAUGAGUCAUUCAACAUUUAGUUUCAGGUUGUCUACCAUCAACAAAACAAUUCCGGAAAUUUCGGUUGAGAAAUUCCGUACAGGAAGAUCGUGUUCCAUUCGGACUUCCCCUAAGAACUCGCCAUUUUGGUUGAGGCGUAAGGCCGUAAAAGUCGAACGGCUCGAAACUGGUGCAAACGAUACAAAACGGGCAACACGAGUUCCUAAUCGGAACGGCCCAACGUGAACGUGACUACUACGGCCCGACGUUGCUACAGAACCAUAGUUAAUAGCGGGGAAUGGUUAUGAAGCCCGGCAAACAUCAAAAGAGCAAACCUAAACGUUUCGAUUGGUUAGUUUCUCAGUCAGUAGUAGACAACCAUUGUGUUUUGUUCACGGUCAAGGCCAAAAAAGAGAACGAAAACAUACAACAAACAACUUUGUCGAGUUUCAUAACCAUUUCCCUCUGUUGAUAUGACAGAGCGUUUUCUCGGAAUUUUUGUACUGGACAAAAGCAAUAAGUUGUGCUACUUUCCAUUAACAUCCCAUGCGGAAUUUCCGGGUUUUUUUCUCUUUUUCUGUAAAUGGAGCAACUCCGUUCAAAUCGCAUGUAGUGUUUCGCGUUUCACAUAUUUGUCGAAGAGACGCCAAUCGUUUAAUUUACUAUAGAAGUUAUAUUAAUAAACGGUUGUAAGAGGCCAAAGUUCA